AUGGAGUAUGAACCCAUCCAGGGUCUGCCAGGCGGCGACCACAUUCGAAUUUUGAGCCUAGCUCCGAGCGCAAACUUGUCUGAUCCGAUUCACGUCGAGUUGUCAGUUGUCAAGCUGGCAGACAAGCCAGCUUUCAACGCUCUUUCAUAUGUAUGGGGAACUAGCACUGAAAAACUGUCAAUCACCUGCAACGGGAAACAAUUUGAUGUUACUGAAAAUCUGGAUUCCGCUUUGCGCCACCUGCGCAGCGAAGACAACGAGAGGAUAUUCUGGAUUGACGCCAUUUGUAUCAAUCAGAAAGAUGAUUUAGAGCGUGGUUAUCAGGUCAGCCUCAUGAAGGACAUUUAUCGCAUGGCGAGUCUCGUUGUUAUCUGGUUAGGAGAGGCCGAUGCGGACAGCGACCUAGUUUUCCCACUAUGCGAGAAGAUGAUUGAAACUAGACUGGACCUGCUAAAAGACUUGGACUCUGGGCUCGAUGUCGUAAUGGGCCCGAACCGAAAAGAGGUUUUAGAAAAGAUGAUGAGAGAUGCAAAAAAGCGGAAUGCAGAGAAGGCAAGGGAAGAAGCAAAACUUGAAAACGUCUCGGAGACAGCCUCCGAUGAUGCCAGCCUAGCCCUACAGACGCCUGAGGUUGAUGACCAUGUUGCCGACGCAGGAGAUGAGGAAGUCGACGUAUCUGAUGCUAGCGACGAAGAAAUUUCUGCCUUCUUGCGACUGAUUGCUCGCCCGUGGUUUACUCGAUGCUGGGUUCUCCAAGAAGUCUGCCUUGCAAAAGAGGCGAUUUUAGUGUGUGGCACCCAGGCAAUCGACUGGGAUCUAUUCUAUAUUGGCUUCACUAUCACCAUUUUUAUGAGUGAAAAGGGACUCCGAGGCAGGCCAGAGCAGCUCUUUCGAACAGCUUUGAUACUAAUUGGCACCCUGCGGCCGAAAUUAAACGAUGCGAGUUCACCUUACGAAGGCGCCGGUCUUUUAUGGCUCUUGAGAAGGGUAAUGUCACUGAAUGCGACAGAUGCCCACGAUAAAAUUUAUUCCAUCCUAGGCCUUCUUGGCGAGGAAGAGUCUCUCGAGUUAAAUAUAGUGCCCGACUAUACUCAAUCGGUUGCAGAAUGCUACCAGAAGACCUCGCUACUCAUUAUGUCUCAGAUGAAGAAUUUGGACAUUCUCUUUACAGAUCGCAAUUUUAACUCUACGCUGGACGUACCAUCUUGGGUCGUAGAUUGGAGAAAUUUGCCAGCCCCUAGCCCCGUAUCUCUAGAUCCGCAUUCACACGAUACCAAAGGAGAAGAGGAAAAGCGACCAUUCAGCGCUUCGCUUUCUACCCAAUGGGCGCCGAUGACCGGCCCCGACGCGAAAACUCUGAUGCUAUCUGGAUACGAAUUUGAUGAAAUAAUACAAGUGGAAGAUAUUCUUACAGUUCCCGCUAUGGAUCACAACGAUAUUGCGACAAUGGGAAGCUCUAUAUCAAAUCUCACAGGCUUCAUGAAAAGGCUAUUUCUCGGCCUUGGCUCAUAUUUUGACAUCUUGGUUCAAUGGGAGACUCUAGCCAUGCCUAAAAAACACUCAAAGUACCCAACUGGCGAAGACGCAGAAACUGUAUUUGCCAUGACAAUGUGCACCGGAAGUAUAGAUUCGCCUGAGCUGGCGCUUCAAAGAUUUCGAAAGUGGCGCAAAACGCUUCGAGGACCUCGGAAGAUGGCUUUCCUCAAGAAUCUCGGCAUCAAUGGCGGCUUUUACAAGACAAUGGUUGCGGCCGUGGGGAUAAGCUCGGGGUUCAACGUUGCUGAAGACAGGGUGUAUGCCACAGCAACGGAGACGACGCUAUGGCGACGGUUGGCGAGGACUAAGAAGGGGUAUUUGGCGGUUAUUCCCAGCCAAACUGUUGUUGGCGACCAUAUUGCUUUAUACAAAGGUGGUAGAAUGCCGUUUAUUGUUCGUCGAAUAGGGCAAGGUGACAGGAGAGAGCUUAUAGGACCGUGCUAUGUUCAUGGCAUCAUGUAUGGCGAAGGGUGGGAUGAGACGCUGUGCAACGACGUGGGAAUUCUGUAA